UUAGAAGGAACAGUGUGGACUGUGGAUCACCAUCAACAAAUUAUCUUUUUAGACUGGCGAGGAAGUUUUGUGUUUCAGAUACAGUAUGUUUUCAUAGGCACCUUUCACAGUCAGCAGUCUCUGGACUAUGGCUCGCAGUUAGUAGGAGGAGUGUCUCCAGGCAAGGGGGGCAAAACACACCUGGGUCUGCCAGUCUUCAACUCUGUGAAAGAGGCUAAGGAUGGCACAGGGGCCAAUGCCACAGUGAUCUAUGUGCCGCCUCCUUUCGCGGCAGCCGCCAUCAUCGAAGCAAUUGAUGCAGAGAUACCACUGGCCGUCUGCAUCACAGAGGGAAUCCCUCAGCAGGACAUGGUGCAGGUCAAACACAAGCUGCUCCGCCAGAGCAAGACCCGCCUCGUCGGCCCCAACUGUCCCGGUGUCAUCAAUCCUGGCGAGUGCAAAAUUGGGAUCAUGCCUGGACACAUCCACAAGAAAGGAAGAAUUGGUAAGAGCUCCACUGGAUGA